ACAGCAGGUCCCGACGUCUCUGUCAGCUCCAGGAGUAACCGGGAUCAGCGACCAGGAGUCGGAAAGAGCCGAGCCGCGUUCACGAGUCAUUCCGAAACAUUCCCGACGUUUGUUUUUUACUUUCUCCGCGGAAAGCCGACAAGUGGCACUUGGAGAGUAUUAGUGGAGUGAAUUUAAGCGAAUUAAAAAGGCAUUCACUUUCCCAAGUUGGUCUCCGCUCACCUUAUCAUGGCUUCAACGACCUGCACCAGGUUUACCGAUGAGUACCAGCUGUACGAGGAGCUGGGGAAGGGAGCUUUCUCUGUGGUGAGGCGCUGCAUGAAGAUUUCCACUGGGCAGGAAUAUGCUGCCAAAAUAAUCAAUACCAAGAAGUUGUCGGCCAGGGAUCACCAGAAGUUGGAGCGGGAGGCCAGGAUCUGCCGCCUGCUCAAACAUCCCAACAUCGUGCGGCUCCAUGACAGCAUAUCAGAGGAAGGAUUCCACUAUCUGGUCUUUGACUUAGUUACCGGUGGUGAGUUGUUUGAGGACAUCGUUGCCAGGGAGUACUACAGCGAAGCCGAUGCCAGUCAUUGCAUUCAGCAGAUCCUAGAGGCCGUGCUCCACUGCCACCAGAUGGGCGUGGUCCACCGCGACCUCAAGCCAGAGAAUUUACUCUUAGCCAGCAAGUUGAAGGGUGCAGCAGUCAAACUGGCAGAUUUUGGCCUGGCUAUUGAGGUGCAGGGAGACCAGCAGGCAUGGUUCGGUUUUGCCGGUACACCGGGGUACCUGUCUCCAGAGGUGCUGAGAAAAGAUCCAUAUGGCAAGCCAGUUGACAUGUGGGCCUGUGGUGUGAUCCUCUACAUCCUCCUGGUGGGAUACCCUCCAUUCUGGGAUGAGGACCAGCAUAGACUCUACCAGCAGAUUAAAGCUGGGGCUUAUGAUUUCCCUUCUCCUGAGUGGGACACAGUGACUCCAGAAGCCAAAGACCUGAUCAACAAGAUGCUCACCAUUAAUCCAGCCAAGAGAGUGACCGCCACAGAUGCACUCAAACACCCCUGGAUCUGCCAACGCUCCACUGUGGCCUCCAUGAUGCACAGACAGGAGACGGUGGAGUGCCUGAAGAAAUUCAAUGCUAGAAGGAAACUCAAGGGUGCUAUCCUGACUACUAUGCUGGCCACUCGCAACUUCUCAGCAGCCAAAAGCCUGCUGAACAAAAAAGCUGAUGGCGUCAAAGAGUCCAGUGAGAGUGCCAACACUACUAUCGAGGACGAGGACGUGAGAGCUCGUAAGCAGGAGAUCAUUAAAGUCACUGAGCAGCUGAUUGAAGCCAUCAACAAUGGCGACUUUGAAGCCUACACGAAGAUUUGUGAUCCCGGCCUCACGUCCUUUGAGCCUGAGGCCUUGGGCAACUUGGUGGAGGGCACCGACUUCCACCGCUUCUACUUCGAGAAUGCUCUGUCGAAGGGGAAGCCCAUCCACACCAUCCUGCUCAACCCCCACGUCCACCUGAUCGGGGACGAGGCAGCCUGCAUUGCCUACAUCCGCCUCACCCAGUACAUUGACGCCAACGGCAUGCCUCGCACCAUGCAGUCGGAGGAGACCCGCAUCUGGCACCGCCGCGACAGCAAGUGGCAGAACAUCCACUUCCACCGCUCUGGCUCGCCCACCGUGCCCACCAAUUGAGAGCACCAUCUUUGACUACAGACACCCUCCAGCCUACAACUGUCAGACAAACAGACCCUGCCUACCAAGUGUCUGUCAAAUCCCUCAGCCAAUCCCUGGCCACAGUAGCUAGAGCUCCAUCCUCUCAGUGUGUUGUUUACAUAUUGUCGCUGCUAGACUGAAGAUUAUUGUACAUGUUGAAAAAAAAAGAGGGCAAAACUUCAAGUCUUGACAAUAUAAUUUUGUAGUGAGAGUGUGUGGUGUUCAUCAUGGGAGAUUUUUUAGAUCAGUAUGUUUUAAAUAGAAGGGGUUUACAGAGGAGCCAGGGGUUCCAGUUAAUUCAUUUUUAAUUGCAUGGUGAUAUAUGUGAAACUUCCAGUCAUCAUGUAUUGACAGUUUUUCAUUUGAAUAGUGCACAUAUUGAGCUGUUAUGAUGUUUUCGCCUUUUGGCACACUGACCAAUAUAUCACAUAUCUGCUUUUUACUCUUUUCAGAAUUGCCAUCUAUUAAAGGUCGGCCACAAGCUUGCUUUUGUUUUGGUGGUGUAUAAGUUUUGGUAAUUGAUGUAAAUGGUUCUCUCUUUGCUUAAUCUUUAGCAGUAUCAAUAGGAACUGAGUCAGCUUAUUUUACAAAUCUGUUUUCUGGUUUGCCACUGGUAUCGAGUAUGUUUACUAGGGAUUUUAACUACAUGUUUUAAAGGGAAAAUCAAUUGAAAAAGGUGUUUUACUUUGUACCUCCAUCAUCACAGCAGCAUGUGAGAAGAGUCUCUUAUGAAAGAAUGUAUAGACUACAUGCAUACAAAUCUUGAAAAACAUUCUGCAACUCGUUCCAGUCGCAUCAUAUUAUUCAUACAGUAAGGAACUAAUGAUUUGAUUUUUAUCAGCUAAUUUGUUGUUUACUUUUGAUAUUGUGAAGUUGAUGCCAGUCCUUCCACUUGUCAUUAUUAAUGCUGUCCUUUAAGCCCUUUUCUCCUUGAUUGAGCCCACCUCUAUUCUAUGUCCGACUGGUGUACGCCAAUGUUUUACAGCACCAAGUUAGCCAUUCAUUUUUUUAUAAUGAGGGAAUUUACCUUUUAGCCAGAAAUACUCGGCUGGAAAUCACCAUCUUAAUUAUUGUUAUGUUAAUCUAUUAUGCUAUUAAUUUGUCACUGUUAAAAGAAAGGGGAAGGGAAUUGUUGGCAUGACUUGCAGAUACAUAAUUUCUAGAAUCAAUGCACGGCGAAGCUUUGAAGAUAAGCUCGCAGGGAGUCUACUGAGGAGAACGUUUGUGUUAAUGAAAUUGAGAUUUUCUGCAUAGAAAACUGUUUGCGUUCUUUUGCUAAUGGCAUUUGUCCCUCACACACCACAGUUUGUUUUUAUCUUUCUAAGAUGCAUUGAAAUUGCUGAUGAGACACUGGUAUAUAACGUAACGUUAACAUGAUCGGACAAGCCUAAUGUAUGUUUUAGAAAUAUCAAAUAAAAUGUCUGAUACAUGCCAAACA